AUGUCUGUUGAAAUUCCAAAAACUCAAAAAGCUGUUAUUUUUGAAACUAAUGGUGGUCCAUUAGAAUAUAAAACCAUUGAUGUUCCAACUCCAAAAGAUAACGAAAUUUUAAUUAACAUCAAAUACUCAGGUGUAUGUCAUACCGAUUUACAUGCUUGGAAAGGUGAUUGGCCUUUAGAUACCAAAUUACCUUUAGUUGGUGGUCAUGAAGGUGCUGGUGUUGUUGUUGGUAUGGGUAAAAAUGUUAGAGGAUGGAAAGUUGGUGAUUUAGCUGGGGUUAAAUGGUUAAAUGGUUCAUGUCUUUCUUGUGAAUUCUGUCAACAUUCUGAUGAAUCUAACUGUCCCGAAGCUGAUUUAUCUGGUUACACCCAUGAUGGUUCUUUCCAAGAAUAUUGUACUGCUGAUGCUAUUCAAGCUGCCAGAGUUCCUCAAGGUGCUGAUUUAGCUCAAGUUGCUCCAAUCUUAUGUGCUGGGAUUACUGUUUAUAAAGCCUUGAAAACUGCCAAUGUUUCUCCAGGUCAAUGGGUUUGUAUUUCUGGUGCUGCCGGUGGUUUAGGUUCUUUAGCUGUUCAAUAUGCUAAAGCCAUGGGUUUAAGAGUUGUUGGUAUUGAUGGUGGUGAAGGUAAAGAGGAUUUUGCUAGACAAAUGGGCUGUGAAGCCUUUGUUGAUUUCACCCAAUCAAAAGAUAUUGUUGCUGAUGUUAAAAAGGCUACCGAUGGUGGUCCUCAUGGUGUUAUUAACGUUUCUGUUUCUGAACGUGCCAUUUCUCAAUCAGUUGAUUAUGUUAGACCAACCGGUACCGUUGUUUUAGUUGGUUUACCAGCUGGUGCUCAAGUUAAAACUCCAGUCUUUGAUGCCGUUGUCAAAUCUGUUUCUAUUAGAGGUUCUUACGUUGGUAAUAGAGCUGAUUCUGCCGAAGCCAUUGAUUUCUUCUCUAGAGGUUUGGUUAGUUGUCCAAUUAAAAUCGUUGGUCUUUCCGAAUUACCACACAUUUAUAAAUUAAUGGAACAAGGUAAAAUCUUGGGUAGAUACGUUGUUGAUACUACUAAAUAA